AUGGUGAGGUGCUGGAAGCAUUCAGAAACCAGUCUGGAGGACCCACAGAACAUGCACUGUGGUCCUAUGAGCUCCUCCAGGGUUCCUCACAAAGUUCUCUGGGGGAGUAUUGCUGCCAUGCUGCUCAUUGUUAUCAUCGCUCUCGGUGUGACCGCACAUCUAGGGCUUCAGUACAAGACACAAUCUUCGUUGCAGGUUGUCAGAAUUCCCGAUCACACAGGUGACUUGAUCAAUCAGACAGCUUUGAUUGACAAACACAACAACGUAGUGACCUACUCCGUGACUUCCCAUGUCAACCACACCUCCACAGUGAUUUUUGACAUGAGACACGGGCUGGUAUGCUAUAAACCUGACAACCAGGACAGCUGCUUUCUUCGCCGGAUGGAAAGUUUGGAUUACGAGAAUGUGCAAUCUCAACUGAACAAGUCGGAGCAACAGGUUGGUCGGGUCUGGGUGGUGGGAAAUCGGACUGAAAAACACACCGAGUUUUUGGGAGUGCUGUCUGGCAGUCGUGUGGAAGCUUCCACUCUUCAAGAACCCGUUCUGUCCCUCUGUCAGCAGGCCUCUGUGUACUGGACUAGAAGAUCUGAUGGUCCCGGGAAACAAAGACUUAUUUACUUCUGCAUCGACAUCUGCUUUCCCAGCAACAUUUGUGUUUCCGUGUGCUUCUACUACUUGCCAGAGUGACAUUCCA